AGCACUCGUUAUUUAUCAACUUCAUUUUGCAAAAUGUUUUAUUUCCUGACGAGUAUCAUUAUAUCAUGUAGUUUCCUAUUUCUAGAUGCUGCUGGCCAGAUUAUGUUGGGGCCCGGCAUGUUUUCGGUGAUAUCCACGCAGCCGUGCGAGAACGACGCGGAUAUGCCAUGGCGGAUGCGCCUGCACAAACACAAGCUGAAUCGCACACACGACGCUUUUGACGGGGAAGUGUCCUUGCUAGCCGAACUUGACGACUCCUAUGGUGCUCGCAUAGACGUAUGCAAGAUGGGGGAUGGUGGAUGUAAACCCUUUAUCAGAGAGAGUCGCGAGUGUAUACCCUGCCUAGCAAGAGCGCACGCCUCAGAAAACGUUAGAGCAGUGUUGGUGGCCCUUGGAAUAAACCCACCAGACUUCCCAGUCCCUAAAGGAGAGUAUCGGCUAGACAACUACCUCGUGAAUGCAGAAGAUCUGGACAAGAUAAGUGUGUACGGCGAAUACCAUGGAACAGGCUACGUAGUGAAGGACGGGCAGGACGUUGCGUGCUACCGAAUGUUAAUUAAGUUCGAACCGAUUGACAACUUUGGCUCUUUUCCGGCGCUGUAUGGUUAAUAGG